AUGACCUCGUUUGCGAGUGCUCAGGUCAUCGAGAACAUUGUCGGCUACAGAUUCCGUUCUAGACAUGAUGACUUACAAAAAGCGCUAAGAGCAGCUGGAGCUGUGGAGGAAGAUUGGGAUGGAAAUCGAAAGUUGGCUCAGCUUGGCACUGCACUUAGUGAGUUCUUACUGAACUACUUAGCUUUCGAAGCAGGGGUCACACGAGCUUAUGCCAAUGAUUUCAAGACGAAAGUAACCAGCAACGAACAUCGUGCGUCCAUUGCGAGACGAACGGGUAUCAGCGACCACAUCACAUUCAACGAGCAAGAAGGCGCACAGUCAGCAAGCGUGCUUGCUAAAGCUGUCAAUGCAGUGAUAGCAGUCAUCUUCUUUGAUUGCGGUCAAGACAUUGGCGUCGUCCUGAAGACGAUGCGCCACCUUGGUAUGUUUACUCUUGCUGGACAAUCAGUGGACCCUGCACUGCUAUCUCUAGAUGAAUUUCCGAAUUCACUCGAUGUGAAAUCGCUUGCACGAUCUCUGUUCGGUGUAGAUAUGAACAGUCAUUUAUUGUCAACUAAGGCGAGCAAUGACCGAGGUUUCUCGACCUGUCCUUCGACCCAGCUGGACGGAACCACAGAUUCUGGAAAAACGGCGGCAGAAAAAGAUAUUUUGGGACAAGCGCAGAAUGGUAGCCAACGGCCUCCUUUCCAGGAUCACUAUGGUUUCGAUGGCGAGGAGGCAAAUGUGGAAUUCGCAGCAGAUUGUUCGCCCGAUGGAAGCAUGUCAACCGCAGCUCCCACAGUGGCAGACAGAGAAGAAGCGAGGAGAUGCGACACAACUAGAGCUGCAGGUCAAUCUGGAAAACCUACGGGGAAACGGGGUGACAUCGAUAAGGGCGAGUCUGGGCAUAGAAGAAAGCUUCGAAGACAUGAUACUCCUUCAAGUCUUGAUUUGUUCGGAACAUAUUUGGCAGAAGAAGAACGAAAAUGUGAAGUAUGGGGGCACCAAGCCCCGCGAGAUACUUUUCUUACCCCUCCCAUCCGAAGGGCAAUCCAGAAUCUGAGCAAAGGGAAGACAGAAGUAAUGACAAGGAUUCUGAUACAUAUCGGCAGUCCCUGCCUGAUAGGUGGAUUGCAAGACAUCCUGGAAUCAUGCAAGACCCAGGAGAGGUGCACGACCUCAGAAGCCAUGUGUAUGGUCUCGAGAGCGGAAAGAAUCCGCGUGAUCGCUAGUCUGGGUCAUACCAUGUCUCGUUCCCAGCUGCUUCGGAGAUAUCACGUCCUUCAAUUGUUCAAGGACUGUGGCGGCCCGGAUACCUCGACCUGGGAAAUAGCCGUCACCCCAUCUAGUCUGACACAACGGUCUGGCAAGCGUGGAAACCCGCUCAACAGGUCGGUCGCCGACUUGACCGAGAGGAUGAUGGAAGAAACAUUUCCGGCUAUCGAUUCCAGUACGGACGAGUAUACAACAAAGUAUCGGUGGAUCUCAGACAUACGGAGGCUUGGACAGCGCCUAUGUAUGCUAGAGACAAGAUUCGGCAAAGGCAUUCUAGGUCUCAUGUUAGAUCAGGGCGUCGCCGGUACAGACAUCGGUAUCACCGAUAAGAUGAUCAUGACUCCAAAUAACGUCGAGUACGCUGAGUUUCUUGAUAUCUUGGACAGGUCUCAGGGUGAUCUACUCCGCGGUCUCAGUAGGGCCGUUCUCCCCACUGUGCAAGCUCUGACUCUUGGAGAUGUACACGAGUGGAGACUUUUUGAUGUAGGGAAGAUAACGGUUGAUGACAUCAUGAAGUAUCCCAAAGGCUCAUCAGUGUUCCUGGAGCUUAUCAAUAAGGCAGUCUAG